AUGUGGAAAGCAUCUAUUAAUCGUAUUGGCAUCAGUAUUAUUGAUAAUAGCAUUCAUAACAAUGACAAACAGCAACCAACUAGAUCCAAUGAAACACAUCAUCUGCCAUCUCUGCCAACUCAAUCAAGUCUUGCACCAUUAGUUGCAUUUGAUGAAGAUGGUGACAUUCCAAUACCUGUCAUAGAACGAUUGGAUGUUGUCAUCUCACCUUCUACUGCUCAUUCAAAUCUGAUUGUGAAUUACUGUUGCCAUUGCUGUUCUUGGCAAAAAUUUCGAAAUGACUUUUGCCAUAUUUUCUCUCAUUUCUUUUUCUCUCAACUUGGCCUAUCAGUGCUGGUUUUUAUCUACGUUGCACUCGGCGGUUUUAUAUUCUAUGCCAUCGAAUCCAAACAUGAACUACGUAAAAACGAACAAAUCAAAUUGGAAUAUUCACGUGGUAUCCGUAACAUCCGUUUCAUCGCUACAAAUGAAUUCAAUUGGAUGUUGAAUGCAUCAUUUGAAUUACGCUAUGCACUUUGGCGUGGAAUGAUGUCUCGCCAAGAUGGUUACGACAAUACAGGAUGGCGUGUAUAUGUUAACAGUGAACGAUUUGAUAAAUUAAUCGACGACGAAUUAGCACGAAUGCAAGCUGAACAAGAGAAAUUAUCAGACAAACAUGAUUCACGAACAGAAGCAGCAUAUAAUCAAAAAUGGACAUUUUCAACUGCAAUGCUUUAUUCAGCAACCGUCAUAACAACGGUUGGCUACGGACACAUAGCACCUAAGUCAAUUCUAGGCAAAGUAAUGACGUGUAUUUAUGCGAUGUUUGGAAUUCCAAUAAUGAUUAUGUGUUUGACCAACACAGGCGAUUUGUUAGCUUUUUUCUUUAUUAAAUACUACUCGUUAACUAUACAUUUUACACAACGAUUGCUUAAAAGUCGACGAGCAAAAUUGUAUCAUCAAAAUCAAACAGAAUAUGUAGAACAUGUACCGAUCGCAGCUACGCUAGGUGUACUAGCCUUGUAUAUUAUAGCUGGUGCCGUACUCUUUUCUCAUUGGGAAGGUUGGUCAUAUGUCGAUGGCGCUUAUUUUUCAUUUAUUACCUUUACCACCAUCGGUCUCGGUGAUCUAGUGCCCGGUAAAGGGACAUUAACCGAAAAUAAAAAUGGCAAAUCGAUUCUAUGCGCUCUCUAUCUUCUGUUCGGUCUUGUUCUUACUGCUAUGUGUUUCAAACUAAUGCAAGAUGAUUUAUUUGCGAUAAAACGAAAGCUUUUCGCUCGUCUAGGACUUGAGAGUCAACAUAAUGUUCAUCAUCAUCAUCAAUCACACGAACGUGAACUGAUCAAACACAAUAAUUGUAUGGCAGAAAGACGUAUUCUAAUCUUGGACGAUGGUCAGAUAACUUCCAUUAUUGCUGAACACUCAUGGACAGAUUUUCUCGAUGACAGUGAUGGUAAUGUUGAACUGUAUAUUUUCACGACCUACAAAGAAGUACCACAUCCAACAUCUGAUGGUGCACUUGAAUUAUGGGCAUUUCAUAUGCAUCGACAAUACACAUUUACUCAUAUCUAUACUAAAAACGAGGAUUUAAUCAUACGAGCGGCACAUUUACGAACAUUAUUGAAUAUCAAGACUGGUUUGUCUGCUGAUCAAGUACAAGCUUAUCGCGAAAAGGUGCAUAUGAAAGAACUUGCUACAGUUGGCGGUUUUCCUGUUCCACCAUUCACACGCUUAUUAGCACCUAUCGAUUUGAUUUGUUUUAUUGAAAAAUAUGGUUAUCCGGUAAUAGUCAAACCUACUCUUGGUUGUGCUGUAGCUGGUCUACAUUUGAUUUCAAAUGAAGAGGAAUUACAAUCAUUUCUCUCAUCGAAACUUUUCUCAUGUAUCGAUAUCAAUCAACGAAUGGAUUUAGUAGGCGAAUUAAUGGUCGAAGGAUUCAUGCGUGGACGUAUGUAUCAUGUAAAUGGUAUAGCUGUCAAUGGUCGAAUUACGCACGUAUGGCCGUUUGCAUAUCUUCACACAUGUUUGGAUUUCGCUAAACAUGGAACAGCCUAUGGAAAUUCAUCUGUGCCACGAUCGAAUCCAUUGUUCAAUCGUUUAUAUAAUGCGGCACAACGACUUCUCGAUAUUUUACCAACACCAAAUGAUUGUUUAAUAUUUCAUUUGGAAUUAUACGAAAAUCUGGAUGAAAAGCGUUCACCAAAUGAUGAUUUUGUCUUAUGUGAAAUAGCAGCUCGUGCACCUGGUGGCUCCAUUACUCAUCUUAUUGAUCUACUAUCUUUUCAAGAUAACGAAUAUGAUUCGUUUGCUCGAUUGGAUUUCCGGGCAAGUGUCUCCUUACCGAUUCCACUUUCAUCAACAGAACACGAACAGGAUGAUAAAGUUAUUACGGAUCUUGUUAUUCCACGUAAAUCUGGCAAACUUAUGUACAUACCACGAGAAUGUCCACUACCAAAUUUAACGUACAUCCCAUUAGCUAAUGUAGAAAAACCGACAACAUAUGAUAAAUACGAUGCCAAUUCAAUCAAUAGUGCAUGUCGUCUAAUUACUUAUUCGAAAACAAUGGACGAAGGUAGAGAAUUAGUUGAAAAAGGACUGAAAUGGUUUGAUGAUGCAUGUAUUGUUACACCUAUUGAUGAACCUUGUUCAGUAUCAUUAAUCAAAGAAUUUCAUCGGUUUUUAAGUAGAAGAACGUUCAAUGUAAUCUAA